CAACUGCCGCUGAACAUAAAAGAUAAAGGUCAGGAUGGGGUCCUCUCUCUCUUUUAGAUCAUCCAUCCAUCUUUACCUUAACUACCUUUGUUUAACAGAUUCUGUAAUAAUUAUAAAGGUUUCAUUGUCUGGUGAUGUACAAAAUCCCCAACCACUGUUCAAAACCUGACCUAAUGUGGGUUCUUGAGGUUGCAGGCAGAUUUCAGGCAAACAACCCAACGUUCAUCACAUACUAGCUAAUAUUAUUUACAUGUCUUUUAGUAUCAAAGUUUAUGGGUUUGUUUGGAGUUGCAGAUAGAUUAGAGAGAGAAGAGAGAAUUAGAGAAUGGUCUUUAAAAAUAAAAAUAAGGUGUUAAGGAGGCAAUAAUUAGGAGCUGGACCAGUAUUGCAGGUUCUGAGAGGAACUAACGUGGCCUUGUCGGUUGUUCUGUAGGAGUACUAGGUCUCUCAAUGGCACCAGUCGUUAAUACUAAUCACUAGUUGUUUUUAGUACAAAACAACCCACCUGCUCCUUCGUUUAUAUGGAUUUUAUUUGGAUCUGAUGGGUAAGUAGGAAACAAAAGCUCCCUCACAUAUCUCUAUCCUUUUUCUUUUAACCUCUUUGUCCUGGAUUUAAACUCCUUUUACUUAUCAGUUUUUUAAGAUUCAAAGUUAAGUUUUUUGCCUUCCUUAAUCUAUGCUAAAAAACAAGUUUCCUUCCAUUUGCAUCUGCUGCCUCAUGCAACUGCUGACUUUCUUACAUCAAACAACACACCAGUUCUUAUCAGUUUAAUUCAUCAAAGGUAAGUUCUUUUGCAACUUUUAGCAUAUUUUACCAGUAAGGCCCCUUAUUAUUUAUUCCCAUUUCCUGUUUGAGUUUUCAUGCCAAAUUUAUGGUUUUUUUUUAUAUAAUUAAUCCCUUUUAGUCCUUCAAAAAAGCUUCAUUUGUCUGCUCAAACACAAUUUCAGGAAACAGGUUUUGGGUAUUAUUGCUUAUUCCUUUAAUUAAGUGAAUAAAUGAUGGUGAAUUAGGGUUUAAAAUAUAUUAGUAAAUGUUUUACUACUAUAUAUUAGUUUAAUAAAAGGUCAGGGUGUCUGAGAUCAAGAGUUUUUUAUACAUUAGAAACCAUAGUUUUAAUGGAAGUGAAAGGCCAAGAUAAGGAAAUGGGGAUGCCGAGCUCUUUUAGUUGUAAUAAUAAGCUGAAUCAAGCUGAUUCUUCCUUAAAACUCUCAUCUUCUUCUGCACCUAUAAACCAAUCAAGAACCCUAGAUCAAUACAAUGAAUCAAACCCAUCACAACAUCAAAUAGACAAUCCCAGAAGCAAUCCAGAUCAUGACCGAAAUCCAGUUUCAUCUCCGAUUCCAACAGUUGCUGCUCCAACAUCAACAACUAUAAGCUCGACUCCUUUGAUAAGAUAUAGAGAAUGUUUGAAGAACCACGUUGCCAGCAUGGGUGGUCAUGUCGUCGAUGGCUGCGGAGAAUUCAUGCCCAGCGGCGAAGACGGCACCCAAGAAGCCUUGAAAUGUGCAGCCUGUGAAUGCCAUAGGAAUUUCCACAGAAAAGAAAUCGACGGCGAAACACAAUAUCCCGCCACAAGGUGUUGUUUUACCUACAAAAACAACGCGAGAAGAGGACCCGUUCAUCCUCAACAACCAACACCUCUUCGUCAACAAAGAUUCUCCCUUGAAUUGUCUAACAGUCCGUGUUUGCCAAUUGCACCGGCUGCGAUGAUGAACUUCCGUGGCGGCCGGGCGGAGUCAUCAAGUGAAGAACUGAACAUGUUUCAUUCUAAUGAAGCAGGAGGUCGACAACCAUCAUAUCCACAGUCAUCAAAGAAGAGGUUUCGAACAAAGUUCAGCCGAGAUCAAAAGGAUAAGAUGAUGGAAUUUGCUGAGAAAUUGGGUUGGAGAAUCCAGAAACAAGAUGAACCAGAAGUGCAGCAAUUUUGUGCUCAAGUGGGAGUUAAGAGACAGGUUUUUAAAGUUUGGAUGCACAACAGUAAACAAGCUAUGAAGAAAAAGCAAAUGUAAGGAAGAUUUUUGUACCAAACCCUUUAAAAUUAGUAGCAAGAGAGAAUAAAUUUAGGUCAGAGAUGUGCAUAAAGAAAUAGAUUAGAACUCUUACUAUAAUCCCUGAUUUUUUUCAGAAAGUAAUGUUUGUUUAAUUAACAUCAUUUAAAUCUGGCAUUCUUCUUCUUAA